AUGGACGCCAGCACUGCCACCGGUGCUCAUCGCCCAGAUGGAAACCUCCGCGAGCGCACCCCGGCCUCGCGUCCCGUUGACGUGCGCGCCGUCGACAAUGCCCUUGCGGAUGCUGGCUACCAGGUAGUCGAGAAAGAGAACGACAGACCGACAGCGACAUUCGGCCGGACCCCUGACGGUACAAUCUUCACCGUCCCCCAGACCCACGACAUGGUCUCGCAGCUCCUGUCGCCGACCGAACCGAAGAACCUGUCUGAUCUGAUCGUGCUGGCUAUUCUGGCCGUCCACAUCCUGUCCUUUGCCGCGCUCCCGGCCUCCGCAAGGAUCCCAGUCUUUGCGCUCGUCUACUUGCUCUGGAGAUCCGCCUACAACGGCGGCAUUGGCUGGCUGCUGCACAAACAGUCACACCACAAUUCCAUGAUCAGAUGGGCUAUCAAGUCCAAGAUCUUCGAGAACCCGGCCACAGGCGAAAACCCCCAUCCGAAGCUGUACCAGUUCUUCAAGAAGGACAUGGAGACCAUGAUACCAAAAGACUAUUCUUUCGAUGAUGCCCCCCUGGAAUACAACACAUGGCUAGUCUUUCGACGUCUCGUGGACGUGAUCUUGAUGUGUGACUUCAUCUCCUACUGUCUGUUUGCAGUAGCAUGCGGCCACCGUCCCGAAACCGAGACUGCGCUUAUGACUGGCCUCAGAUGGGCUGCAGGCAUUGCCCUGGUCCUCUUCAAUCUCUGGGUCAAACUCGAUGCCCAUCGGGUCGUCAAGGACUUUGCCUGGUACUGGGGAGAUUUUUUCUUUCUCAUUGACCAAGAGCUCACCUUCGACGGCGUGUUCGAAAUGGCGCCGCAUCCGAUGUACUCGGUAGGCUAUGCGGGCUACUACGGCAUUUCUCUGAUGGCUGCUAGCUACAAGGUGCUCUUCAUUUCCAUAGUCGCGCACGCAGCUCAGUUUGUUUUCUUGGUCCUGGUCGAAAACCCCCAUAUUGAAAAGACAUACAAUCCGCCAGCGCCUCGGAAGCGUUCCGUGCAACACGAUAGCAGCACAAACAGUCCCCCGGCAUCUCCUUUGAAGGAUUCAUUCGUAUCCACACCCGCUAAUGAGAGCGCUGUUCCGCUGCCGUCAGCCGUUCACAACUUACUUGGACCGCAAAACCUAGAUCUACACAGGGUGACAGACUCGUCUAUCAUCUUGGUCCAAAUUCUCGUUGCUGUUCUCACUAUCCUCACACCGUCCACUACUAUUUAUCAAUUCAUCUUCGUCGCCAAUGCCGCUCUGUGGAGAUGCUGGUAUUCUAUUGGCAUCGGAUACAUACUCCACCGACAAUCCAAAUCCAAGUCUUGGACUCGCCACUUUGUCAAAUUCGGGGAUAGCACAGAGGAGGCCUGGCGCCAGUGGAAAGGGUCUUACCACUUGAGCAUGACCCUUUGUUAUUCCACGUUCAUCGCAGCUGCAUGGAAAAUGUACUCCUUGCCCGCUGAUUGGAAUCACGGGCUCGUUCUUCUAAAACACGUUCUCGGUGCGAGUUUGAUUUUAUUGCAGACUUGGACUUCUGUGAGUAUCUACCAGUCACUUGGAGAGUUUGGAUGGUUUUUCGGUGAUUUCUUUUUUGAUGCGCAAUCUAAACUCACCUACAGCGGCAUAUACCGCUAUCUCAACAACCCAGAGCGCGUUUUGGGCCUAGCUGGCGUAUGGGGUGCAGCAUUAAUCACCAGCAAAGGACCUGUGAUAUUCCUUGCGUUGCUGAGCCAUGUCUUGACUUUAGCCUUCAUUCAACUGGUGGAGCGUCCACAUAUGCAGAAACUCUAUGGCCGCAGUUUGCGCCAGGAUGCGGGUUUGGUGAAGAGCCUCAAACGAUCCCUGCCUCCGCCUCUGCAACAGCUUGGCGGAAGCGUGGACCGCAUGAUGGACGAAUCGUUUGAUUUUGUCGAGGAGCUUCUCGAAACCGCUCGUCCUAAAUUGGCCACUGGAGUCAAUACAUUCAUGAAAGAUGCGAAGUCUCUGUUUAGCCAAUAUCCCGCCCGAGUCACUAUUUCUCGUCUUGACGAUGAAGUCGCCGCAGGUUACGACCUAGAAGACUAUUCCCUGGAGGUCGAAGGCACCGAAUCCUCGCCAUCGGCACAGGUCGACCGCAGCAGUGGCCGAGAAGGCGCCAGUGCGAGAGAACCCCUGGAACGACGAGGAGACCUAAAGAGUUUGAUUUUCGAAUACGGCUCCCCGGUCAAAGUCAAGUGGACUGCACCGCUGAACCAUAGCAAAAAGGACUGGGUCGGCCUGUACAUGGUGACUGACAACACCAGACGAGAAGUCACCCGCGUUUCGUCUCAAGGCAGAUGGAUAGCCACGAACGAAGGCGCCUACGACAGCUUAACCUGCGAGAAGGGACUAAUCGCCAGCGACAUUGUUGUUUCUGCAUCUCAUCGCCAGGAUGGAGAGAACCGAGACUUUGCCUCUGGCGAGAUGUUGUUCUCAGGCGACAAACUGUUCUGGACGCAAGGCGUGUUUGAGUUCCGAUACCACCACAAUGGCAGACACAACGUCAUGGCUAUCUCACGGCCAUUUGAAAUCCGAAUCGGUCGCUUCGACGAGGACGAUAUCGAGGUUGACAAUGCCGGAGUAGUCCAAGCCGCCGUCGAAGCCGCCCUGCUACCAGUUGUGCGCAACUGCUUCGAUCAAAACCCUGAAAUUGCGCCAGAGGCUGCCGACGAGCACUUUGGAACCCUUGUCGAGCGAGAUGGCAAAUACGCUAGACGUGUCGUCUUUGCGGUUCACCAGAUGUUCGGCGUCGAGUUUGCUCCCGAAGUUGUCCGUGCCGACGGCAAUGUUCGCAACAUGGCCUGGAGAAUAUGCAACGCAAAGAAAGUGCUAGCCCCCUACAGCAUGUCCAGAUCGAAAGGAACGACAACGCCGACUGCAUCCAAAGACUAG